AUGGUCCUCAAGCUCAGACUCGCCCGGUUUGGGCGCAGGAAUGCCCCCGUCUACAACGUUGUUGUUGCCCACGCCAGAACCGCCCGCAACAGCAAGCCUCUCGAGGUCAUCGGCACAUACGACCCCAUUCCCAAGAAGGACACCUACGACACCUCGGGGAAGUUGCACAAGGACAUCAAGUUGGACCUCACGAGGGCCAAGUACUGGAUUGGUGUGGGAGCUCAGCCGACCGACACUGUUCGGAGGUUAUUGUCCUAUGUCGGUAUCAUGAGGCCCAAGUACAAGAACUCGACGCGGGGGCAGAUCGAGCAGAAGACCGACGCUUGA